CAUACUAGGAUAAAAAGUAACAGUUUUAUAUCCACAUUCACGUUGAAUAAUAUUCUUAUUUUACCUUGUUUCUGAGAUAUAGAUCUAUUUCACACGUUAAUACAUUAGCCAAAAUGGUCACGGUACAACUCUGGUUUCUGUUACUAUGUGUAGUGCGCGUGUUUGGCGGUCGUCUAGAACAGUUAGAGGAAAGAGUGAUGGCGAUUCAAACUUUGACCUUUCAGGAUAUAAGUAUGCUAAGAGAGUCCGUUGAUAGAAACUAUGGAGAAGUACAACGGCUAACCGAGUUUAUCAACACCACUCUGUCACAGGUCAUACAGACAGCAAAACCAGUAUCAACAACAACGCAAGAUCAGAAAGAUGGAACAUGGAGUCCGGAGGGAAAUGAAAUGAAAUCGGACUUGAUCAGGCUAAAACGAGCUUUUAGGGAUCAAAAAUCGUCAGUUCAGGCUUUGCAUUCAGAGUUAGACGAUAAAUUAGAAAAUCUUAGGAAUGACCUGAUAUUGCAGGGGAGGGAAACUCUUAAUAAAACCGAGGGGCAAGCUAAAGAAAUUCUUGAAAAAGUUAUGGAGACAAUGGACACAGUGAGCUCGGUAUGGUCUAUCGCAACAGACACUAUAGGUGGCAUUACAGAAAUACAAAAAAAACUGAAUUCAACUGCCGAUAAUAUUACAAAUACAAUAAAGCGUGCAUUGAUGAACACAAAGAAACUAGAUAAUCUAAUCGAGGCAAGUGGUCGUUUUAGUGAGGAAUGUGUCUUGAAGAUGAAACAAAUUGAAGAUAAGCGCAAACAAGAGACUGAGGGUUUAAAAGAUGACAUAAAGAACACUUGCUCUGUAGUUUCAAAUAACUAUCAAAAUAUAAUUGAUUUACUAUUUACACUUCGUCAUAGCACAGAUAUACGAUUGAUAGGCUAUUCUCCAUCUUCCGGUCGUCUUGAAGUAUUUCUUUAUGGCAAAUGGGGUACAGUUUGUGAUGAUGGUUUUGAGAUAAAUGCGGCCAAGGUUGUCUGCAGAAUGCUGGGAUAUAGACGAGGCGAAAAGCAUGGUUUAGCAUAUUAUGGGCGAGGAACUGGUCCUAUACUUCUUGAUGAUGUCAGAUGUACUGGUAACGAACAUAUCUUAUUUGAUUGUGAGAUUGAUUACGAUACGAGCGAUUGUGGACAUAACGAGGAUGUUGGAGUGUCAUGUUACAGAUAAACAUGGUACGUCUAAUACGAAAUACCUGUUAUAGUAUCAUUUUCGUAAGGAAAGUCAGUAUAUUAAAACGUGUCGAUUGUUGUACAGAAGUCUGCUGUAAUAUUGAUUUUAUAUAUUAAUGCUAUUUUUUGAACGCGCUAAUAGGCACCACUUCUGUAGAAGAACAUCACUAAGACAGAAAUUCGUUUGAUGUACAUAGUUUGUUGUUGUGAGGUUGAUAUAGUAAGAAACUGAUCUACUUUGAAAGCAAUUGUUUGCAUAGAAGGGAGCAGAUUGUUGCACAGUUAGUUUAUUUCUCUCGAUUCUCAGAAUGUCAUUUUUUAACUCUUUGCCCAUGGAAGGUUAGUUUUAAACCAUUGACCAACUUUUUAUUUAUUGAGGUUAUGAAUAUCUACACGACAGAAGUGAUUUGCGAAAGCUGAAGCUACAGAUAUUAAAUGAAAUAGAGCUAUUCUUUAUAUUAAUAUGAUGAGUGCAUAGCGCGGGAGAAAGCCAUAUUUACGAAAACGAAUACAAUUUUUUUUUUCAUGCUAAUUGAUGAAAAUCAAACAAAAGGAAUAAACAAAACAUUGUAUCUUUAGUAUGUUUAGUGUGUUAUUGUAAAUGUUUCACUUACAAAACACAGUAAACACUGAAUGGAUUUAACUAUUGAACUUCAAUUGUAGUAAAUUAAACAGCAGUAAGAUCAUUGACACAUAAGCUUAGAUUUAAACAUGAUUUAUAUACUUGUAUGCACGAGCUCAUGAAAAGUUCUUUAAGAAAUUGUUAGACACAACCUGAAUUUAUAUAUGGUGAUCUUUGUAGAAAAUUUAAAAAUUAUAUUCAGCAUUAUAAUGUCAUUAAAUAUUUGAUAAAAAUUCAACAUGCAAAUAAAAACAUAAUAUAUUAUGAGUUUAUGAUGGGCUUAUAAUAAUUAUAAGAAUUUGUUGUGUACAUUAGAUUUUUAUGAUGAUUAGCUGAAAGAAAAUGUUCGUAAUGUCAUGAAUAUUUUACUUAAUGCUUUUGUUGUACAUUGUACACGUACCAUUACCUUGUUUGCUUUGUGUAAAUGAGAUUAAACCGAAAUGUAAAAGAAGGACAAAAUUUACAAAAAUACUUUUCCGAGCUGUUAACCUUUAUUUCGUUUUUGAAUUUGAAAUAUACGCAAAUAUUUUCUAAACAUGGCGGAAUAAUUAUAGUAGUAUGGAUUGUACACUACGCAUUAUAAUGUCUCUAUGUAUAUUUGUCAGUAUGCUUCUUAGACAUGUUUUCUUAAUGUCACUGUUCACCGCAUAUUAUACUUUGCUUGUCCUCAUCGGCUUCUUACUCUAUUUGAAUAUAAAUAUAUUACGAAGUAUAUAAUAAACACUUAUAUAUUCUU